AUGAGCAGCCGAACGACAGUAUCAUGUGUUGAUGUCAAUGAUAUUAUGUCUGCAUUUGGUGAUUGGACAUUAAGGCUUGAUGUAAAGGUCUUUUAUUCUGCUCUUUAUGCGACAAUAUUUGUUGUUGGAUUGAUCGGUAAUGGUUUACUGAUUGGAAGUUUAGCAAAACGGAAACGAAUUUCAGUUCCGAAUAUAUUUCUCAUUAAUUUAGCUAUUUCCGAUUUGUUAUUAUGUAUAACAGCUCUUCCAAUAACUCCAGUGUUAGCAUUCGUGAAACGUUGGUUGUUUGGUUCAUUGUUAUGCAAAUUAGUUCCAUUAUGCCAAGGAAUUUCGGUUUUAAUUUCAAGUUAUUGCUUAUGUUUUAUUGCGGUUGAUCGAUACCGAAGUAUUGUGAUGCCAACUCGAGAACCGUGGACAACAUAUCAUGCUUAUUCAUUAAUGGCCAUUUCUUGGCUUACUUCAGCCACUGUCUCAUCACCGCUUUUUGUUACUCAACGAUUACAACCAUUAGCGCUUGAAAAUACAACACUUUGUGGUUAUUUUUGUGGUGAAUAUAAUUGGCCAGCAGAUAAUCGUAUUAAAUUAUUUUAUGGUUCUAUGUUACUUAUUUGUCAAUACCUCAUUCCAGUAACUAUUAUGACAUUUUGCUACUGGAAAAUUUUACAAAAGGUUCGUGCUGAUUGGAUUGUGGCCCAGCAUUCGAUGCUAACUGCAGCCCAGCAGGCUCAAACAGCUGUUCGAAAACGACGGGUAAUGUAUGUACUCAUAUUAAUGGUUGUUGUAUUCAUGGCAUCUUGGCUUCCCUUAACAAUUGUUAAUAUUUUUCGUGAUUUUGGAAUAGAAGCAUUUUUGGAUAUACAAAUGUACUUCAAAUUGCUCAAUGUUCAUGCAAUAGCAAUGACUUCCAUUGUUUGGAAUCCAUUAUUAUACUUUUGGAUGAGUAAGCGUCAUCGGCAAGCAUUUAAGGAGGAUAUGAUCGGUGCAGGUAAUAAUUAUCGGCGAAACAACGAUGUGAGAUUGACAAAGCGUUUCGUUGUGACAAAAACGCCACAACCUGGCAAUCUUUUAUAUAAUCAAAAUCAUAGGCAUUACAGACGCGGUACAUUGACUGAUCCGACAUGUAUCACUGCUGAAAGAGCUUUUGCGCAAAUACAUGCUAAUUGCUUCCUUUUGGUACCAUUAUUACCGCUUUAUCAAGCAUCAUUGAACCAGAAAAUGCAAUUAACGACGCGCAUAAGUCGGCCAGAUUAA